GCUCGGCUGUGAGCUCCCUCACAGUAUAUAUAUAAGCCGCCGUGCUCAGUGUCAGCACUCACUCUGCGCCUGUGUUGGAGUGCACUUGGUGUGUGCACAGCCACAGUGUUCUGUAUGAACACCGCUCCUUCUGUUUGCUUCUCCCAGUCAGUCACUUGGUUCGCCACUGUAUGCAACUACUCCCUCCCCUGACACUCAGUUCGCUGUUUCCCCUAAAGCAGCCGGCUUGCAGCCUUCUUCCCAGCUCCGGGUCACAUCGAGGCCGAUCACCAGGACGGGCACGUACUAUACUAACCCAAGACUAUGCUGUUCCUCGCUGGAUCAUCUACUGACAAGUUCCGUGUUUGAUGAGGAUGUCAGUCAGCAUGCACGAGAAUCGGAAAUCAAGAGUUAGCAAUGGCUCAAUGAAUAUUUACCUCUUCCACAAAGCUACAUAUGCUGACAGCGUUCUUACGCACCUGAAUCUUCUACGACAGCAGAGACUUUUUACAGAUGUCCUCCUCCAUGCAGGAGAAAAGACUUUCCCAUGCCACAGGGCUGUGCUGGCUGCAUGUAGCCGAUAUUUUGAAGCUAUGUUCAGUGGAGGAUUACGUGAGAGCAAGGACAAUGAAGUAAACUUCCAUAAUUCAAUACACCCAGAGGUUCUGGAACUCCUCCUAGACUAUGCUUACUCAUCUCGAGUGCUUAUUAAUGAAGAAAACGCCGAGUCCCUCCUGGAGGCUGGGGAUAUGCUGCAGUUCCAGGACAUUCGUGAUGCUUGUGCUGAAUUCCUGGAGAAAAAUCUUCAUCCGACGAACUGUCUUGGCAUGCUGCUGCUUUCUGACGCCCAUCAUUGCACCAAGCUUUAUGAGCUCUCCUGGAGAAUGUGCCUCAGCAACUUUCCAACCAUCAGCAAGAGUGAAGACUUCCUGCAGUUACCAAAGGACACUUUGGUGCAACUUCUGUCUAGCGAAGAGCUGGAGACAGAAGAUGAGAAGCUUGUGUAUGAGACCACCAUAAAAUGGGUGAAGUAUGACGUGAACAGGCGCCACUGUUGUUUGCCAGAACUGUUGCAAACCGUCCGGUUAGCUCUGUUACCAGCUGUUUACUUGAUGGAGAAUGUGGCCAUGGAAGAGCUUAUAACCAGGCAGAUGAAGAGUAAAGAGUUAAUUGAAGAAGCUAUACGUUGCAAAUUAAAAAUUUUACAGAAUGAUGGAGUGGUGACAAGCCUUUGUGCCAGACCUCGUAAAACAGGUCACGCCUUGCUCUUGCUUGGAGGACAGACUUUCAUGUGUGACAAAGUUUACUUAAUAGACCAUAAGGCAAAGGAGAUCAUUCCAAAGGCAGAUAUCCCCAGCCCUCGCAAAGAGUUUAGUGCAUGUGCAAUUGGCUGCAAGGUAUAUGUGACUGGGGGACGUGGGUCAGAAAAUGGUGUCUCCAAAGAUGUCUGGGUUUACGACACUCUUCACGAAGAGUGGUCAAAAUCUGCUCCGAUGCUUGUUGCGAGGUUUGGCCAUGGAUCUGCUGAGCUGAAGCAUUCUCUGUAUGUGGUUGGUGGGCACACUGCAGCCACAGGCCGGCAGCCAGCAUCCCCCUCAGUCUCUCUCAAACAAGUAGAACAGUAUGACCCAGUGACCAACAAGUGGGCAAUGGUAGCCCCUCUUCGCGAAGGGGUUAGCAAUGCAGCUGUGGUCAGUGCCAAGCUGAGGCUGUUUGCCUUUGGUGGUACUAGUGUCAGCCAUGAUAAACUGCCUAAAGUACAGUGCUACGACCCAUGUGAAAACAGGUGGACUGUGCCAGCUACCUGCCCUCAGCCGUGGAGGUACACAGCUGCAGCUGUACUGGGCAACCAGAUUUUCAUCAUGGGUGGGGAUACUGAAUUCUCAGCAUGCUCUGCAUAUAGGUUUAACAGUGAGACCUACCAAUGGACUAAGGUUGGGGAUGUGACUGCAAAACGAAUGAGCUGCCAUGCUGUAGCCUCUGGCAAUAAACUCUAUGUAGUUGGGGGCUAUUUUGGCACACAAAGAUGUAAAACUCUAGACUGCUACGAUCCCACUUUGGACACAUGGAAUAGCAUCACUACUGUACCAUAUUCAUUAAUUCCGACAGCAUUUGUUAGUACGUGGAAGCAUCUUCCUGCAUAGAAGAACAAUUCUUCAAAAUCUCAUAGGACUCCUGAUGUGAAGAUUUUGUAUACUGUGAAGCAACACAACUUAAAUGAAGAAGAUAAAACCCUCUUCAUCUGUUUGAGCUAAAAUGAUUUAGUUUCAGCAACCAGCACCUAUUUUGAUGUGAAGAAAAGAAUUUGGUUCCACAUGCACGCAUUCUUCGUGAUGAUGAAGCGAUUUCUGAAUAAGGAUUGAUUGCCAGUAGCGAUAAAUUGUGGACUCAUGGCAAUAUUAUUUGGCUCCUCCAAAAGUUAAGACUUCUCUAUUUGCUGCUGCACUGUCUUUAGUCUAAAUUGAUUCUCAACAUUUAUGUAUGAAGCGUUAAAUGACUGCCACCUUGUGUUUGAAAGACUGGCACCAGCUGUGAGAAGUGGGUUGAUUGUGACGGGUUUGGAGGCCGGAUUAAUCAUUGUCCCCCCUAGUCUUCACUAAUGGGACCAGGGAUCUGGACAGUGUUGCUGGCAAUGCCUAGGGCAGCAAUUACCCUGUUUCUGGAGCCUAUUGCUGUCAGGCAGGCAAAACUGUUCAGGCUGUGUAGAGGGGAGUCAGCUGCAAAAAUAUAACUGAAUCAUUAAAGGUUAACUUUAUUAAAAGAGCGAGGAGGAAAGAAAAAUGACCCGAGGGUCAGAGAUAAUGCUUUGAUAUGAAUCUUUUAUUUAUGUUUACCUUUUUUGUAGGAUAUUUAUUGUUAAUGAUGUUACUUGCACAUUGGAAUGACAAGUAUUCAUAAAGUGUAUUUUGUGUUUGAGAGUUAUUUGCACACUUAGCAGGAAUGGGGCUGUAUUGGGGGCACUGGGGAUGGCUGACCACAUGUUUGAAUAUUAUCUCCAUUCUCUGUUGCAUGAAACUGGCAAGUGCAAAGCUGCAGUGAAGGGGAGGGACAAUUUCCAAUCGGAAAUGAGUUGAGUCCAAAAGCUAAUUCUUAAAUUACACAGACACUGGACAGAAGCAGUGAGGUCACUUUCUGAGGCCUGUAUCUCACCAGUUUAGAACAUGUAUCCUUUUAUCACUAAGCCUCCCAGCCUUACAGUGCUUUGAAAUAAAUACUAUUUGGAGCAUGCUAAUUAAUCUUGGAGCAUGUAAAUGUACAAAUGUGUGCAGCCUUCAUGUCAACUCAGCCCAACCCAGGCUAUUUCUUUAUAUAGUCCCUUAUUACACCCAAUUAUCUUGAAUCAAUGUGAGCAAAAAGGAUCACAGCUGCAAACAGUUUUUUGUUCUGAUCUAAAGUCAAUUUUUCCUGAUAGGCACAGGCUAGAUGAGAGACAAGAGGAAGUUAUAGCUUGUAAGAUUGAAAUUUUGUAGAAUUUAGUUAAGGAUUUUUGAUCAGCAUAGUUUAUGCAUGAAGGAUUAACAUGCUGUAUCACAAUAGACCAUUAUUAAUCCAUUUAAGAUAAGCAAGUCAAUGCCCGUCUAGCUAUAAACUAUUAUGAAAUGCAGUAUGAGCAUGUUAAUUCUUCCCACUUGCUUUCAGAAUAUCUGCCCCUUUUCUUUGUAAAGUGCCGUUUUUCUGAAAUUUAAGUAUUAAAGUAAAG